AUGUUUCUGCCUACAUUGCAGAACAUCAUAAAAAGAUUCAGAAUGAAUCAUGUCGUUGUAGGUCCAAACAAAUGGAACAAUAUAUUGCUUAAUUUUACUUCUCCAAAAUCCAAGAGUCAUUGGAAAAAGUGACUAUAGAGAAAGCCACUGAGGUGCCUACAGAAAAAUCAUCAAUCAUGCUGAGUACCGUGGACCAGAUUGGACUCUGGCUCUUAAUUGGCUUUCUAGCCACUCUUACAAUCUUUUUUAAUGUCUAUAUCUUACUGGUGAACCAGCGAAACUGCAGAAAGAACCACCUACAUCUAUGCCCAGGUGACACUAUAAUGACUGGUAUAUCCGUGGCUAGUAUCAGUCAUCAAGCCCUCUCUUUCUUGUGGAUGACUUUGGUUCAGGUGGACAUAAAUUGUAUAUAUGACACUGUGGAAUCCAUUCUAUUGGUGUUAGUUUUCUCCCUGAAGUUCUCAAUAAUGUGGACCACUGCCUUCCUUACCUUCUUUUAUAGUACCAAGCUUGUGAUCAAGCCUAUCCACUGCUACACACGCAUUCAGGAGGCUAUUCUAAAGCAUGUUCUCACUGUGGUGAUUGUAAUUUUUGUGUGUGGAUUUACCAAUUGUCUGCCACUUUUGACGAUCGUAACAUUUCACAACAGUAGUGCUGGAACCAUUGACUGUGGUUCAAUCAUACCACAUGAGGCUGUGGGACUUGGCUACAUUAUUUAUCUUGUAGUCAGUGCAGACAUUGUUCCAGGUAUACUGAUGAUCAAAUGCAGUAUCUCCAUCUCAUAUCACCUAUCUAUCCAUCUACGCCACAUGAAGGAAAGCACCAAUGGCACUCAUGCUCCCAAGCUGGGUACUCAGAUGAGGGUGAUCAGAAUGAACCUUACCUUGGUGGUAGUGUUCCUUUGCUUUCUGGUUGUAGAUCUCUAUACUCAAUCCACAGUAGUCUUGAAAAGUGAAAACACCAUGGGCUUAUCCAUUCUUUUCUCCACACUUUACACUACAGUCAGUGGAUUUGUGCUGAUCUAUGGAAAGAAGAGCUUCUGGAAAGAGUUUCUUCAUUGGUAUAACCUCUUUUUAGAUGAGUUCUCUUGUUUAGGAUGUAUGAAAGUACCAGAGAGUAAGACUGUGACACACACUCCUCCAAAGCACUGACUGUUGUUUAACAUACUGGCUGAAGCACUAUAUCUGAGUUGUGCAGCACAGCAUUGUACAUAUAUAGUUAUUCACUUGGUUAUACUUUAUAUCAUAUAAUAAGUCAUAUUGUUUAGUUUAGUUUAAGAACAUUUAAAAACAACAGAAGUUGAAACCAAAUUGCUGUACAAGUAGUAAAAAACAGAAUUAAAACAAAUAUUUAAUAGUAUCACAUACCAAUGAACAAAUUAAAAUUCUAUACCCUCAGACCAAAUUAAAAGAUAAAGAAUAAAAGUGGGUCUUGAAAGAAGAUUCGAACAUGAACAUAGCAAUAGAGGGGGAAGAUGUAAUAUGCAAAGAGAGACUAUUCCAGAGCCUGGGAGCUGCUACUGAGAAAUCCCAGUCACCUUUGGUUUUAAAACAUGAAUGAGGGACUGAAAUGAGUAGUUGACUGGAUGAUCAAAGAGAUCUAGAUUCAGUAUAUGGGGUAAGGAGAUCACAUGUAUACCUAUAUCAUUCCUAUUUGGUAACCUAUGCAUUCCUGUGCAUUUUAUGGAUAAAGAACAACAGCCUGCUAUAUAAUAUAAAACAAAAUGCACAUGUAUUGUGAACAAGUUGCACAUAUAUUAUUUUUCUUUGUACUGUUCAAUUUAUUACAUUAUAAGUCCAUUAUAUGCGGUGUCUUGUUUAUUGAAACACACACAAAAAAAUCAACAUUUUAUGCCUUACAGUGCAGCUAUGCCUUGUAAGAAAGAGUGCUAGUAUUCAGAUUUGGUAACCAGUUUCAAUACUGUUCAAUGAAUAUAAAAGAGAAAGAGAGGUGAAUAUAAAAUGUUAAUGUAAAUGAUCAAUUGAAGACAUUGCCUUCUCAUGAUUUUCUUUGUUUAAAAAAAGUAUUAUUAUUAUUAUUAUUAUUAUUAUUAUUAUUAUUAUUAUUAUUAUUUAACUUCUAAAUUAAUUUG